ACGUCAUUCUGCUUCCGGUUGUAAUUAGACCAUCGCAAUGGCUCAAGGCAAACAGAAAUUUAAAUCGCAGCGACCCGGAGGAGCGAAAAAACAACAUGACAAAACGAAAGGACCCAAGAAAGGAGGAAGGAUAAUCGCACCCAAGAAAGCUCAUGUGGUCCAACAACAGAAACUCAAGAAGGAUUUGGAGGUGGCCAUCAGAAAUAAGAUUGAACAGGAAGUGACACAGAGGGCCAGCAACUCCAUGCAUAAGAAACUGAGUGUCCUGAAGACUGCAGCAGUGAAGAGUGCAUCAGGACCCCCAAAACCCACUGCUGGAUCGUCCAAAUAACACACCAGAACCUGUUCGGAGCUCAAGAUGCGAUGAACUGCUUACAUGCUAACAGUGUAAUUUGCUGUAUGGACACUAGGUGGCGCUAGAAGCCAUAUUGUAAAGUCUAAAUGUUUGACAGUAAAAAUGUUUGAAGAAAUGUGGCUUGAUGUUUAUACACUGCAGAUUAGUUUUACUGCAAGAGCAGACCUUUUAUGACAUUCAUUUAGAGCUUAUUUUUAUAUUAUAAGUAAAAUGACAAUUGUUUGUGAUCUUUAUGCAAGUUUUGCAUGGAUAAAUGCCACUAAUGUUUCUUUAGAAAAUGUUAAAAAUGUAAAAUUGUCUCUCUGUGCUUGAAUGACAAUGCGUUCAUUACAUUACCAUUGAUCUCUUUGGAAACAGUUUUAUUAAAUUAGUUUGAAAGAUAUAAAGGCACAACUGGAGACUACAACAGGGUCAGAAAUGUACUUUUUUCAAUGGCGCAAAUUCCCGAAUAGUUUUUUUUACUUUUUAUGAGGGCAAUUUGAAAAAGUAAAGAAAACCAAGUCAUUCUUUUAUGUAAAAUGUUUGAGUUUAAAUCGCCUUUCUAGCAAGUCAAUACACUGGCGGCCAACUUUGGAAGGCUUAUGGGAAGCUAUUUCCAAUCAUGACCGUGCAACUCCUAUCUACUCGAAUGGGGGAACAUUGAAAUCUCCAAAAUGGUGGGUCAAGAUUACGAUCAAAACACAUUUAAAUUCAGAAAGACACUUUUACCUGUACGGCGUGACUUUCAUUCUACAUCCGUUGACCAUCAGGCGAUCCAAUUUCUCCCAUUCAUUUUAAUAGAAGUGUCCCGGCUCUGCUAUUACGUCUGGUUUAAAGGUUCUUUAAGCCAUUUUAGCUGUUCUGGAACUUCCACGAGACUGAUCCUUUAAAAUAGACACACCCCCUAUUUCUAAAACCCUGCCCUACAAAGAUAGCAUUGAGACUGUCGGCUCCGCCUUCUCACAGUUGUCAAAACAACAGUAGAAAAGUAGUGCCAUCAGCUGACAACUGUUAUGAAUAUAAAUAUGACAUUAAACCUGAAUGAACCACUUCAACAGCUAUACAUUGGGAACAUGUUUACAUGCACCUUUAAUUAGUUAAUGUAAAUUCCAACUUCAGUAAGUUUGUAAACUUUAUUGGACCCUCCGGUUGACCAAAGUGGGGUACGAAGAAAGUUUACGCUUGCAGCAUUAAAGUCUCUGUAUCCUGAAGUCAGGCAUAUGAGGUGUCAUUUUGAAGCUUAGAGUCUGAACUUUCCUGAGAUAAACAUCACUUCUGCAUUUAUGUUAUUUAAAAUAACAAAAUACAGCCACAAAACAUUCACAUUGAACAUUAGCGCCCCCUAGAGGUAAUGGGGUAGAAAUAUUUAUCUAAAAAUGAAAGUCCUUUAGUUGGCACAUAAAUGGGCAUGUCAUAUAUCAAAUGAAAGCUCUCAUUCUCAGCAAUGUGACAGUAUAGUUUAUUUUGUUUCUCUAACACCACAGUUGUUUUUUCAAAACAAUCACAAAGUGAAAUAUGAUUUCUGUAAGUCCUCAAAUACAAACGUCCCAUUUAUGCUCCGAUAACUGCUGCUGUAAGCCUCAAAAACUUUAUAUCUGCUUUUACCUUUGGGAGCAAUUUUUUACUUGUUUGUGAGCUUGCUUGUGUGAAUAAUCUAAUGUUAUAUCUAAAAUAUGCCA